AUGUGGGGCAGGAAUUUGUUGAUAACCCCAGAUGAUCUUUAUUUGCCAUCUGCAUUCUGGCUAGAAUUCCCUUGCACCAACAGCAUUGCAGAAUAUGAAGCAUGUGCGAUCGACCUCGAAACUACCAUGACAUUAGAGAUCAAGAAGCUAAGAGUCUAUGGGGACUCGUCAACAGUGAUUUGUCAAACUCAAGGGAAGUGGAAAAUGAAGGAUGAGAAGUUGAAGCUCUACCAAGAACAUUUGGAGAACUUGAUCAAGAGCUUCGAAGAGAUCACCUUCGAGUAUUUGCCAAGGGACAGUAACAGAUUUGUCGACGCCUUAGCUACUUCGGCAUCAGUGGUCGAAUGCAAUCCAGAAACUCAAGUCUGCCCAUUCUUGGUGGAUAGGAGGUAUAAACCAACAUAUGAAGAGUCAGUAAAUGCUCUGACAACUGAUGGGAGGACGUGGUUCACAUCCAUCAUCGAUUUCAUCAAAGAAAGGAAAUAUCCUCUGAAUUCCACGAUAGCUGAACAAAAGUGGUUGCAGAAGCAAGCCGCGCAGUUUAUACUUCAAGGCAACCUGCUAUACAAGAGAUCUUAUGACCGUAAAUUCUAG